AUGGAGACGAUUGAAGAUUUAAGACGUCAACUCGAAGAGGAGCAACGCCGACGCGAAGAAGCUGAGAGUCGCGCAAACCAGAAUGAACGUCGACGAGACGAGGAACAGCAUCGACGCGAAGAAGCCGAGAAAUUGGCGAUAGAGUCGCGUCCACAAGCGCUUCAGCAAUACAUCGAGGCUUGUCAUGGGCUCGACCUUGCUGCCGAACACGACCUCUCUAUAAGCGACGCUUUCUUCUCGAAGCAUAACCUUCCCUCCCUGCAUCAGAUGGAGUACGUCAAGUCAUUGGUCAAGCCUAUCAGCAGUGAGAUCGGGCUGCGCGACUUUGAACGUGAUAUCGUGGAAAACGCAGUGGAGAAGUUGAUCGACACAGUAUCCAAGGACACACUCCUAAGGCGCCGUCUUGGCAUUCGCGGCACUGUGACUUUCGAGAGCCAUACAAACCUCGGUGCCAGUCCAGAUUCCAUCUCCGAGCCAAUAGAGCACAUGGCUGUUAGGAGCAUGGGUGCUCGUGCUACAGCAUCGGCAUCAAAGCCUUCUACGGCACCAAAGGCACGUCGCAAAGCAAAAGGAAAAGGCAAUCGAGCGGAUCAGUUCUGCAUUUACAAAACCGCAGACGGUCAAAAGAUCCCCACCAUCGUAAUUGAAUACAAGGCGCCCCAUAAGCUCAGCGUCGAUGAGGUUGUCGCGGGCCUGGAAUCAGGAAUUGAGCCAGAACGCGACGUGAUAAAUCAAGAUGGAGAAGGUUUUUCGUUCACGAGCCGACGGCUCGCAGCGGCAGUCGUGACCCAGCUCUUCUCCUACAUGAUCGGCAAAGGCAUCCAGUACGGCUAUGUUUGCACUGGACAAGUCUUCAUCUUCCUUCAUAUUUUAGAUGAUCCCUCCGUUGUCUAUUACUCGACGUGCAUACCGAAGCUGGACGUUAUGGAGGACGACGAAACAAGGCUCCAUCGCACGGCUGUUGCGCAAGUCUUUGCCUUCAUUCUCCAAGCUCUCCGGUCGAGGCCGCCUCUAGAGUCUAUUCCCACGGCUGAGCGCAAAAGCAAAAGGUCCCGCCGGUGGAAAGGCUUCAAAAGAUCGCCAAUUCGCACCCGGUCUAAGUCUACCUGUCAACAGCCAGCUUACGAUGACAAUCACACUGAUGAUGACCCUCCGUCUCCUUCACCUCAUCCGCGCAGCGGCAGAUUUGCUACAGACCCUGUGGUCGCUGAAAAUGGAGGCGAUCCGGAGGGGAGAGAACAGGAGCAGAGCUUAACACCGAAGCAGAACAUACAAGAUCGACCUUUCUGCACUCAUUCAUGUCUAAAAGGCUUGGCAUGUGGUGGGCCAAUGGACGAUUCUUGCCCUAACCGUAACUUUCACGGGCAGCAACACGUUAAAAGAUUUAUCUUUCUCCCUGGGGCGCGGGGCUCGCUUUUCAAGGUCCGACUGUCGUCUCACGGUUAUACGUUCGUUGCCAAGGGUAUGGAGACCGUUAACGAACGUUUUCUACGGCGGACGCACAUCCCGCUAGUCCGGCCAUGGCAUUACGACGGCCGUGCCGGCCGACCCAUACUUGAAUAUCCUGGUCGCCUGGACGAAGCGACAAUCGUUGACGGUGUUACCACGAUAUUCAAUGCCUUGCACAACUUGUGCGCUCUCUAUCAUGAUGCAGAGCCGCGGAAUAUCUUAUGUAAUGAGAACGGAAAACUCAUGGCGGUAGAUCUAGAAAGAGCUAAGUACCGCGGCCGUCAAGCUCUUAUCCAGAUAAGCCCGAACCGGAAGAGGAAGCGCGAUGCCCCGAAACUAGCAAAGGACGAUUUUGCACAAGAGCUCACCCAGAUCAGGGAAGCAUAUCGUCGAUCUAUCAGAUUGUUUUCGCGAUAA